AUGUCGGGAGCAUCGCCAAGGAAAUUCGCUGAAAAAAUCGCUAUUAUGAAUCGGAAGCAAAGUGAAGACGUUAACACCUUUGACAGCAUAAUGCGUGAGGUACGUCAAAUUACCAGUACCGAAACGCAAGCGAUUCCAUCUCCAUCGACGUCUUUGCAUCCACCACAAUGGAAUCAACUUGGUGGCUCGCUACCGAAUGUCCACCAAAUGCCCUCAUACCACCCAGAUUGGGGUAGUACUGGUUGGCCCAUGGAAGUCCAGUCUACGUACCAUCGAAGUCGAUCCCCGGAUCAGCAGCAUCCAAUGCUCUAUCAUCCUUAUGGAGGACGUGGGCAACGUUCACCUGAUCGAGUUCCACCGCUUGAUCCACACCAUGUGCCCUAUCCGAAUCCACAGCAUCAGUAUCUUGCUCCUGACCAGUGGAAUCAGUGA